ACGGAAGCACAGCGCAGCAAUCUGUCCGAAGAGAGGGGUGUAGCAUAACUUUCCCCAGUCUGCUGCGUUGCUGGCGAUUUGCUUCCAAGGGCAGGCGGUGUUCCGAUGGGGGAAAUCUCGAUGGCGUCAGGCUGGUGGCUGCUGCUGCUGCUGCUUUGGCUGCUGCAACUGGGGAUUCCUACUUGCUUGACUACGGGCUGCUCGAGUCAGGGACAGUGGCCGGUGCCUUACAGGCGUUUUGGUUACCGUCCUAAAACAGAUCCUUUCUGUCAAGCUCGUUACACUUUCUGCCCAUCUAGCUCUCCCAUUCCAGCCAUGAAUGAUAAAGAUGUCCUUGAAGUAUAUCGAUUACAGGCUCCUGUCUGGGAAUUCAAAUUUGGAGAUCUCCUUGGUCAUGUGAAAAUCAUGCAUGAUGCUGUUGGUUUCAAGAGCUCCUUAACUGGGAAGAACUAUACAAUGGAGUGGUAUGAACUCUUCCAACUAGGAAACUGCACAUUUCCACAUCUCCGGCCUAAUGUGCCUGAACCUUUCUGGUGCAACCAAGGGGCUGCCUGUUUUUAUGAAGGAAUAGAUGAUGCCCACUGGAAAGAGAAUGGGACCUUGGUCCUGUUGUCCACAAUCUCAGGAGCUAUUUUUAAUCAAAUGGCAAAAUGGGUGAAAUAUGACAACGAAACUGGCAUUUACUAUGAAUCGUGGACAGUCAAAGACAGUCCAGCUGAGCAUAGCAGAGUGUGGUUCGAGUCUUACGAGUGUUCCAAGUUUGUACUCAGAACGUAUCAGAAGCUGGCUGAAUUGGGGGCUCUUUUUAAGAAGAUACAAACUAAUUACACCACCAUUACCCUCUUCAGUGGAGAGCCCAUUUGUUUCGGGAAUGAAACAUCUAUAUUUGGACCGCGAGGAAACAAGUCGCUAGCCAUGGCAAUUAGAGACUUCUAUUCUCCCUUCAAGCCUUAUCAUUCAGUCAAAGAGUUCUUCAUAAACUUCUGGCGCAUAUUUGAUGAAGUGAUUCUGAACCAUCAGUUUUAUCUCUUUUACAACCUUGAAUAUUGGUUUUUGCCCAUGAAAUAUCCUUUCAUUAAAAUAGCCUACGAAGAAAUUCCAUUACCCAAUUCAAACACCACAAGAUCUAGCAUGUAGUUUUCCCUACUCAAACAAACAUUGAUCACUUAGGACGUUCCCAAAAGAUGGUUAUUGCAGUGUUCUGCAAAUGCUGGUAGAUAUCUACCAAUACUGAAAAGAUUGCUUUCCUCUAGUGAAGACAAUCAUCUGAACUGUUUUAUCUUAUGCUGAACAAACAAAAGAAGUCUUUUGCACAAGGCCUGGCUGCCAAAUACACAUUUAGUGUAAUUUUUUUAAAGUGUUGACCGGCAUUCUCCACCAAAACUCUGCCAUAUGCCUGUUUCAAAUGGCAUACCAAUUGCAUUUCACCCACAAGUAGUUUUCUUGUGUGAUAAUUACUUGCAUACUGAAGAGUCUCCACUUUCAUCUUUGCCCCAGUUCCCCUUACCAUAACACUCUGAUAUGGGAUGAUAAUUUUAGAGGUUCAAAACAGAGUUGGCACACACGAGUCUGUUAAGUCCGCAAUUCUUUCGGAGUGAGGAGUUAACAGUGGACAAUCAAGCUGAAGAAUGAACUAAAUGUGUUUUGCUUUUGUGUCAGAAGAUGGGCAAAUGAGUCCUCUUCAUUAAAAAAAAAAAGGAACCACAAUUUUGAACCUCAGAAUUCACUGGGUAGCAGUUGUUCACAUUGUCAGAAACCUAAGAAUACCAAAGCCACACCAGACCACACCCCCUAAAUUAUAUAUUCACAUUGCUUUGUAAUGAAGUUUACAUGCAGGUACAUAUAAUUUCUACCAUCUCAAAAGAUUUGAAGAACUGAGGCAAUUGGAUGUAUUAUGGAGACACCAAUACUUGCAGAAACCCUUUUAGAUCUGAAAACCAACAUCCCUUAGUGAGUUUCCCAUUCUCAACAAUAUGGCUAGCAGCUAUGAAACUUGCCGUGGACAUGUCAGUCACCAGUACGAGUGCAAUGUCUAGAGUGGCCCUUCAAAUUGUUGCCUGAAUGAAGUGACCCUUGCAGAGCCAAUUGGUUGAAGCAUAGAAGAAUGAGCGCACCACAUAUGCAGUUUGCAAUAGUACUGUUCAAUGAAAACACAAAAUAAUGCUAAGAUGACUGAACAUACCUUCCUCUCUCUGCUGUCAGCCAAGGAAGGGGCAUAGUAAACUGGGCAGCAGCUCAGGGACAGACCCCUGCUGACCCAUUUUUCUAUCUUCCACCAGGGCAACAUUCCUCCUGUUUGCCCCCGCCUUGUUCCUGCCUGUGGCAGUGGAGGCCAGACUCUGCUGGCCACACUCAGUCCGCCUGCAUUCAUUCUCUUGCCCAGUUCCAGGAAGGAAAGCCCAACAGCCUCCUCACCUUCAGCCCAUGAAAUGCUGCAUGAGAGAAAUGAGGGCAAUGGAGUGGGGUGGCAAGGUUCCUUGGUGGCCCCCCCGGCUCAGGGACACUCGUAAGGUAUGUUCUAGAAAGAGCAAGGAUGCACCUGGUCAAUUGAGGGGAAUUAUUACUCAUCAUAGGUAACUAGAUGAGACAUGAGUGUUAAAUUAGUGAGCUGCUGUUGACUGGAAUUUUCAGUGUGGUGGUGUGUUCCCCCCUCCUGCUGCCAGCUAAUCUGUGCUGUUUUUUGAUUUAUUUUGCUUUUCAGACUAGCAUCAAUAAUUUGUCCUCUAUGGUGUUUAUAAAACUGCUAAUAAAUUAACUUUUUAAAAAAACAAA